GCCGAGAGGGUCGAACUACCUGUUAGCUUCUCCUGGCUGCGGGAUUGUGGGAGAAAAAGCUAAGUGAGGACGCGUUUGGCUGAAGAAGUGCGCAUGAUUUGGAUGAAGGUGGUGUGUGGAAGCAGUGGUGACCCCGCGGGGAGACCUCCGGCUAAAGAGGUACAGCUGUGCACGGAGACAGAGGUGAUGAGCUCCUUCCUUCACCUGGACCUCCGGCUGCUGCUGCUGCUGGCCUGCUGGAAAACACCCAGGAUGGUUGGUGGAAGUGAGUCCACGUCUGCAGGUUCUUCAUUUCACAAUGCCGUGGCCAGUUCAGCUGUGCCAGCAGCUCCCGUAAACGUGUCGGUGACCCAGCUGAGGGCGCACUCAGCCAUGGUGACCUGGAACAUCCCUCAGGGAGACAUUGUGAUUGGAUAUUCCAUCUCACAGCAGAGACAGGACGGCCUGAUGCAGCGCUCCAUCCGAGAGGUGAACACGACCAGCCACUGGUGCGUGCUGUGGGACCUGGAUGAGGACACACACUACAGCGUCCAGGUGCAGUCUGUCGGCCUGCACGGAGACAGCCAGCCCAGCCGCGCCAUCCAUUUCAGGACUCUGGAGAGAACUGAUCACUAUCCAGCCGGCGUUCUGGACCAUCAUGAACCUGCCAUGGAAGGUCUGGGUAUGACCCCUCACCUCCAGACUGGGGAGCUACUCAUCAUCACCACCGUGCUGCUGCUGUGGGCAGCCGUUAUCGCCCUCUUCUGCCGGCAGUAUGACAUCAUCAAAGACAGCGACACCAACGGCACCAAGGAUAAAGUCAAGCGUCCUCUGGUUCGUGCCACGUCCUCGUACUACAACGCCUCCACCAGCAGUUCGCCCAUGUACCACAAUGGAGCCGUACGCAGCAGCCGGCUCAACAGGGCCUCCUCCUCCAUCAGCAUCAUUAGAGUUUGAGAGAUGUUUGAGAUUCAGCGGCAACUCGCAGCGCAGGACGUGUGGCACCAGCAUGCCUAAUUUCUGCACCAGUGACAUUUGCCUAAGGAGCAUAAAUGGGAUAAUUGUGACUAAUGGAGAAUUUAUUACA